AUGGGAUUUGUCUUGGAUGGACCUUCCAUUCCAACUUCUGAAGUAAAGGAUGGUGAGAUAACUCGAGUUAUUCCAAAGACUCGUCAACAAUACAGUGAAGCAGACAGAAAGAAGAUUGAGAAGGGAUACAAAGCCAAUAAGUUACUGCUUUGUGGUAUAGGUGCUGAAGAAUUCAACCGCAUUUCAGCGUGUGAAUCAGCAAAGGAUAUCUGGGACUGUUUAAGAACCGCUCAUGAAGGGACUGAGCAAGUCAAGGAAUCAAAGAUAGACAUGCUCACUUCUCAAUAUGAAAAUUUCCAAAUGAAAGAAGGAAAAAACUAUUCAUGA